AACUUUUCCGCCAACUUGCGCUCGGGAGCUGGCGAGGCGGCGGCGGCUCCUCGAAGUGGGAGAGCUGCAAGGUCACGGUGGUCCAGCCAGCCCCUGCUGUCUCACCAGACACUGUCCACCCUUUAUGUUGGAUCAGUACUCCAGUGAGAAGACAGCAGGCACUUUCACCCAUGCAGCCCAUUCAGUCUUCAUAACCACCUGUGAUGGAGGCAGGGAUCAGUUUGAAAAGGAGGAUUGAGCUCACGGUGGAGUAUCCAUGGAGGUGUGGAGCCUUGUCACCAACCUCUAAGUGCAGAACUGGGAUGUGGAGCUGGAAGUGCCUCCUCUUCUGGGCUGUGCUGGUCACAGCCACGCUCUGCACCGCUAGGCCAUCCCCGACCUUGCCUGAACAAGCCCAGCCCUGGGGAGCCCCUGUGGAAGUGGAGUCCUUCCUGGUCCACCCCGGUGACCUGCUGCAGCUUCGCUGUCGGCUGCGGGACGAUGUGCAGAGCAUCAACUGGCUGCGGGACGGGGUGCAGCUGGCAGAAAGCAACCGCACCCGCAUCACAGGGGAGGAGGUGGAGGUGCAGGACUCCGUGCCCGCGGACUCCGGCCUCUAUGCUUGCGUAACCAGCAGCCCCUCGGGCAGCGACACCACCUACUUCUCCGUCAAUGUUUCAGAUGCUCUCCCCUCCUCAGAGGAUGAUGAUGAUGAUGAUGACUCCUCUUCAGAGGAGAAAGAGACAGAUAACACCAAACCAAACCGUAUGCCCGUAGCUCCAUAUUGGACAUCCCCAGAAAAGAUGGAAAAGAAAUUGCAUGCGGUGCCAGCUGCCAAGACAGUGAAGUUCAAAUGCCCUUCCAGUGGGACCCCAAACCCCACACUGCGCUGGUUGAAAAAUGGCAAAGAAUUCAAACCUGACCACAGGAUUGGAGGCUACAAGGUCCGUUAUGCCACCUGGAGCAUCAUAAUGGACUCCGUGGUGCCCUCUGACAAGGGCAACUACACCUGCAUUGUGGAGAAUGAGUAUGGCAGCAUCAACCACACCUACCAGCUGGAUGUCGUGGAGCGGUCCCCUCACCGGCCCAUCCUGCAAGCAGGGUUGCCUGCCAACAAGACGGUGGCCCUGGGUAGCAACGUGGAGUUCAUGUGUAAGGUGUACAGUGACCCACAGCCGCAUAUCCAGUGGCUAAAGCACAUCGAGGUGAACGGGAGCAAGACUGGUCCAGACAACCUGCCUUAUGUCCAGAUCUUGAAGACUGCUGGAGUUAAUACCACCGACAAAGAGAUGGAGGUGCUUCACUUAAGAAAUGUCUCCUUUGAGGACGCAGGGGAGUAUACGUGCUUGGCGGGUAACUCUAUCGGACUCUCCCAUCACUCUGCAUGGUUGACCGUUCUGGAAGCUCUGGAAGAGAGGCCGACGGUGAUGACCUCGCCCCUGUACCUGGAGAUCAUCAUCUAUUGCACAGGGGCCUUCCUCAUCUCCUGCAUGGUAGGGUCGGUCAUCGUCUACAAGAUGAAGAGUGGCACCAAGAAGAGCGACUUCCACAGCCAGAUGGCUGUGCACAAGCUGGCCAAGAGCAUCCCUCUGCGCAGACAGGUGUCUGCUGACUCCAGUGCGUCCAUGAACUCUGGGGUUCUUCUGGUUCGGCCAUCACGGCUCUCCUCCAGUGGGACUCCCAUGCUAGCAGGGGUCUCCGAGUAUGAGCUUCCUGAAGACCCUCGCUGGGAGCUGCCUCGGGACAAACUGGUCUUAGGCAAACCCCUGGGAGAGGGCUGCUUUGGGCAGGUGGUGUUGGCAGAGGCCAUCGGGUUGGACAAGGACAAACCCAACCGUGUGACCAAAGUGGCUGUGAAGAUGUUGAAGUCGGACGCAACAGAGAAAGACUUGUCAGACCUGAUCUCAGAAAUGGAGAUGAUGAAGAUGAUUGGGAAGCAUAAGAAUAUCAUCAACCUGCUGGGGGCCUGCACGCAGGACGGUCCCUUGUAUGUCAUCGUGGAGUAUGCCUCCAAGGGCAACCUGCGGGAGUACCUGCAGGCCCGGAGGCCCCCGGGGCUGGAAUACUGCUACAACCCCAGCCACAACCCAGAGGAGCAGCUCUCCUCCAAGGACCUGGUGUCCUGCGCCUAUCAGGUGGCCCGAGGCAUGGAGUAUCUGGCCUCCAAGAAGUGCAUACACCGAGACCUGGCCGCCAGGAAUGUCCUGGUGACAGAGGACAAUGUGAUGAAGAUAGCAGACUUUGGCCUCGCACGGGACAUUCACCACAUCGACUACUAUAAAAAGACAACCAACGGUCGACUGCCUGUGAAGUGGAUGGCGCCCGAGGCAUUGUUUGACCGGAUCUACACCCACCAGAGUGAUGUGUGGUCUUUCGGGGUGCUCCUGUGGGAGAUCUUCACUCUGGGCGGCUCCCCAUACCCUGGUGUGCCUGUGGAGGAGCUUUUCAAGCUGCUGAAGGAGGGUCACCGCAUGGACAAGCCCAGUAACUGCACCAACGAGCUGUACAUGAUGAUGCGGGACUGCUGGCAUGCAGUGCCCUCACAGAGACCCACCUUCAAGCAGCUGGUGGAAGACCUGGACCGCAUCGUGGCCUUGACCUCCAACCAGGAGUACCUGGACCUGUCCAUGCCCCUGGACCAGUACUCCCCGAGCUUUCCCGACACCCGGAGCUCUACAUGCUCCUCAGGGGAGGAUUCCGUCUUCUCUCAUGAGCCGCUGCCCGAGGAGCCCUGCCUGCCCCGACACCCAGCCCAGCUUGCCAAUGGCGGACUCAAACGCCGCUGACUGCCACCCACACGCCCUCCCCAGACUCUACCGUCAGCUGUAACCCUCACCCACAGCCCCUGUCAGGCCCACUGCCUGUCCGUCCCUGUCCCCUUUCCUGCUGGCAGGAGCCCGCUGCCUACCGGGGGCCUUCCUGUGUGGCCUGCCUUCACCCCGCUCAGCUCACCUCUUCCUCCGCCUCCUCUCCACCUGUUGGUGAGAGGUGCAAAGAGGCAGAUCCUUGCUGCCGGCCACUUCAUCCCCUCCCAGAUGUUGGACCAAGACCCCUCCCUGCCACCAGGCACUGCCUGGAGGGCGGGGAGUGGGAGCCGAUGAACAGGCAUGCAAGUGAGAGCUUCCUGAGCUUUCUCGUGUCGGUUUGGUCUGUUUCGCCUUCACCCGUAAUCCCCUUGCACUCUGGUGGCAACAGAGUCCCCCCAGUCCUCCAGCCU